AUGACGAGCAACCCCAGCUACGAUGCGACCGGCGUCGAGUCCUACUCGAUCCCGGACUUCCACUUCUCCAACGGCACGACGCUGCACGACCUGCGCGUGGCGUACCGGUCCUUCAACGCCUCGUCGACCGCGGGCGCGGUGCUCAUCCCGACCUGCUACUCGGGCCUCAUCAACACGACGCUGACGUUCACGACGGGCCCGCACGCCGCGCUGGCCGCGUACCACGUCAUCGUCGUGGCGAUGCUGGGCAACGGCGAGUCGGCCAGCCCGAGCACCAAGCCGUUCUUCCCGGAGGCCGGCACGCUGCGGUACUCGGACGUGGUGCGCGCGCAGCACGCCCUGCUCACGCAACAUCUCGGCGUGCGCGGCGGGCUCGAGGCCGUCGUCGGCUUCAGCAUGGGCGGCCAGCAGGCCUACCACUGGGCCGUCAUGUACCCGGGCUUCGUGAAGCGCGUGGUGGCCAUCUGCUCGAGCGCGCGCACCAGCCUGCACAACUACGCGUUUCUCGAGGGGCCCGUCGCCGCCCUGACCAGCUCCAUCGACUACGUCGCGUGGAAGGCCAUGAAGGCCAAGGUCGCCGCGGGGGAGCCCGUCGGCGUGCACCUCAAGGAGGUGCUGCCCAAGACCGGGCUGCGCGCGUUCGCCCGCGCCUACGCCGCCUGGUUGACGUCCCCCGCGUGGUUCCGCCAGCGGCUGUUCACCACCAUGGAGGGCUCGCCGGCGAGCGUGGAGGAGUGGAUGCGCGCGCGCGAGGAGGGCACGCUGAAUUGGGAUGCCGAGGACUUGCUCGUCCUCGCGCGCAUGUGGCAGAUGGGGGAUAUCGGGGCCGUCACGGACGCCUCGGAGGCGGAACCACCUGUCACUCCCGCCCAGACGCAGCUGGGUGGCAAGGUCCCCGACGACGCGGCCUUCCAGGCGGCCCUCCGUGGCAUUCAGGCCAAGGUGCUGCUCAUGCCGUGUCGGACCGACCAGUAUUUCCCGCCCGAGGAUUCAGAGGUGGAGAUGAAGUUCCUGCAGCGUGGCACCCUCGCCGUCAUUGAGAGCGUGUGGGGGCAUGUUGCCGGUGGAGGGUUGAAUCCGGCGGACACGGCGUUUAUGAACGAGAGGAUUGCCGAGUUUAUGAAGACGGAGUGA